ACGUGAUGUAUACGCUUCCGGUAUUCGGAUUUCACGCCCCUACUGAGCGUAUACUAGAGCAAUAUCCAACAAUUUUGGAACAUUAAACUAACGCAUUCAUAUUGCAGCUAACGCGAUGCAGAAACUUAAAAGAACAGUGAAUAUAUGUUUUAUUUUAAAGUCUUUCUUUGUGUUGUCAUGGUGCUUCACUGACUCUGAAUCUGGGCCUAGCGUGGCAUUUCAAGGAAAUGGAGACCGCUUUAAAAUCGAAGGACGAGCGAUUGUUUCAGGCGUGAAACCACAAGACUGGGUGUCUUCAGCUCGUGUGCUUAUAGAAGGAGGAGAAUAUGUCGGUUUCCUAAGAACGGAUGGAAGCUUUGCUGUGCAUGAUGUACCAUCAGGUUCUUACGUUGUUGAGGUCGUUUCGCCAUCUUUCAAAUUUGAACCUACUCGCGUGGACAUCACUUCUAAAGGGAAAAUGAGAGCCCGUUUAGUGAAUUACAUCAAGACCUCCGAAGUUGUAAGACAAGCAUACCCUCUUCAGAUGAGAUCAAGUGGCCCACAUUCAUAUUUUAUGAAAAGGGAGACAUGGGGAUGGACAGAUUUCCUCAUGAAUCCAAUGGUCAUGAUGAUGGUCCUUCCCUUGCUAAUCAUCGUUCUGCUUCCAAAGGUGGUCAAUACCAAUGACCCUGAAAUGAGAAAGGAAAUGGAACAGUCUAUGAACAUGCUGAACCCCAAUCCAGAACUGCCAGAUGUCUCUGAGUUCAUGACCAAACUCUUCUCUAAGGGGUCCAGCAAGCCAGGGGGAGGCAGCAAAGGUAGCAGAAGUGCUGCAUUGAAAAGGAGGUAGACCUGUAAACUGUGGAUUUUUUUUUUUAAUUAUUCUAAUUGUAGCAUUGUUUUGUACCCUGUCUUUAUCUGCAGUUUAAAAGUACCAACUAAUGGGUAACUGGGCAAUACAUUGUUUCCAUUGCCCUGUUCAUCCAUAUGCCCUCCAUGUGCCCUUUUUCAUCUUUUCAUCCUAUAUCACCACAUUGACUUUUAAUAUAUUUGUCUCACCACCUAAAAUAAAUAUAAUUAACAGAAAAAUAUAUAACCACAGUUUUAAAAAGCACCUUUAAGUUCUUUCAGUAAAGGUAUAAAUCAGUUCCUUCUAAUAACGGUCAGUUGGGCCAAGAUUUAUAUUUUUGUGUCAUUAGUAUGGUAAUGUAUGCUUUUAAUGCUGCUGCAGCUGAGAUUCAUAAAAUAGAUCUUCUUCAGGGUUGAGACCAAUGCAGGUUUGGUUCCAUUUCAGUCUGUGCAUUGGAGCCUGGGCAGAGGGUAAGACUACUAAAAUGGGUGAUAGUUAGUGGACCUUCUGAGCUUCAUUGCAUUCUUAAGUUAAGGCCAAGAUGAUUGUCAAGUUGACCCCAACCGAAUUUCCACAACUACUUGAAAUAGAGUUUUUACUUUGAAAUUGUCUUAGAUGUAUGGUUGUAUUUGUGCAUGGCUAUGAAUGGAGAUGAUGUGCAUAAAAUUACCUAUGAAAUAUAUAAACAUAUUUAAACUGGUAAAUUUAAAUGGUAAUAAAUUGUGAUGGUCAUUUUCCAUG